GCGCUAUUUAGAAGACUUCCACCAUUGUAAAAAGGGAAUGGUCUUGCUCCAAUCUCACUGCUUCAACGCAGGCAGCUUUCACCCAAUUUGGAGCCUUUGUGCUACAUUAUGAAGAAAUUAUAGAUUGCGUUCGCCGCCCCUUUUCCAUCGCCACCGUCUCUUCCUUCCACUCCUUUACUUUCGUGACAUCCAUGGUCAAGCGUGCGUUGAUUCCGGGAUUAUUUCCCUCGUCCUCUGAUCCAGCGCCUGGAACCACAGAGAAGUCAAGCACCACGAGUGAUCCAUCCCCAACCACCGCUGCCAGCACUUCAUCCACCACAUCUGUUCCAGUUACAACCUUACCACCAUCAACAUCGUCUGUAAAACCUUCCUCAUCCUCCGUCCCUCCCACCUCCACAAAACCUACUUCAACCCUCACAUCUUCCUCUGUCCCAACCAUCGCUCCUUCCACAUCUGUUGUUUUAACUACAGGUGGAUCUUCAACCAGCCUCACAACUGCGACACCAACAGCAACGGCUAGCCCAGAUACGGGUGACCAAUCGUUUCCAACCGGGAUGGUCGCUGGUGUAUGUGCAGUGAUAUUCGUAGUAGCAGUGUCGUUAGCAGGAUUUGUAUUCUACACGCGCUGGAAGAAACGUAAACAGGAGAAAGCAUGGGCUAUGCAAGAAUUAUUCAAUGGCACAUCGGAUGAUCCUAGUAUUCUCGCUUCUGACCCUAUUUACCGUGACGGAGAGGCCGAUAAUAUGCCUUUGCCUAAAAACUGGAACGAUCCAUACUCUCAACCCUAUAGCCCCCGGCAACCACAACAGCAGUACAUGUUUUAUCAACAAACUGGUGCACCACAAAGUCCAUUCCCUAACAGAGCACCAGGUCCUCAACCAUCGUAUCAUUAUUAAAUACCACCACUCUACCUAUUGUCAUAUAAAGCCCAACUGUUUACAUGCCGUACGUUUUUUAUCUUGCGAA